AACGUUACAUUCUUCACCUGAGUGAAAAAACGCACUAAUAUUCGAGUUGACUUUUCUCCACUCUCAAAAGCCAACAAAACGACAAAACUAAUUAACGUUUCAUUCAUUCUUUUCAUAUUCACAACCCCUUUUCGUGAAACCCAAUUCACAUUUCCUCUUUCCCUAAACGGUACUCUUUUCUUUCUCUCUCAUUUUUCACUGCAAAGCAUAGAUGGUUAAACUCUGGUGGCUUUUGAUCCUCAUUUGAUUUUGAAUAAUUGAAGAGAAUGGGAGUGUUGCUGGUAGGUUUGAUUACAUAACUGAAAGGAACUGCUUCGAAAAUGGGAGGUUGCUGUUGUUCUGCUAGAAAAACUCAUCUGCAUGGAACUCCAGUGUAUUACUAUUGCCCACCGAUUUUAGAAGAGCGCGAUUCUUUAACCUCUAAUGAUGUUCCGACCGAUUCACUCACUGCUGGAUUACUGGUUGGAUUGAAUGUGGAAGAAUCCACACCUGAUACUUACCAGUCUCCUCCUGCACCACUGCCUUAUGAUACAGUCUUGGGAGGUCCAGCAUUGACGGACUCCGAGUCAGGCAGAGACACAGUUAGUGGUAGUAGUAUUAAAACUUUAAUUACAUGUGAAGAUAUUGAAGAAUCUGACCCUAAAGCUCAAGCUAAAUCUCCCCCAUUAUCUCCAAGCAAGGAAGAACUGUUAAAAUCAAAUAAACCUCAAGCACUGGUGAUAGAAGAAGAGGAUGGCUGUCCAAUCUGCCUUGAAGAAUAUGAUGUUGAGAAUCCGAAAACUCUAACAAAAUGUGAACACCACUUUCACUUGGCUUGCAUUCUUGAGUGGAUGGAAAGAAGUGACUCUUGUCCUAUAUGUGAUCAGGAAAUGAUAUUUGAUGAGGAACUUGACUAGUUUGGUCAUUUCAAAAGACAAUCUAGCUGAAUACUUGAAGAAUAACUGGUUUGAUGAUGGUAUUGAAUAUUGAUUUAAAAGGUUACUUUUAGUGGGCCAAAUUCAUUAUGUACACAAUCUGUGAGAAAGAUGCUACACCACAUUACAUGUCUCACUGACUACACUUACUCAUGUUGGAAUUUACCUUUCAUU